ACUUGUUCUGCGGCGGCAUCAACAGAGACUGCAUGCUCCCGAUCAAGAGUUAUAGCGUUGUCGCAUCGAAUUUUUCUAGCGAGGUCCUUCUAAAUGCCUAUAAAGCAUUCCAGCCUCCUAUGAUCAUCAAUUCACAUUCCACAAUCUUCCGUUGACCUGGCAGCUUUUCUAUCCCAACGUUCCUCUGGUCUGUUCGAAAGACCCGUCUGCUCUGUUUAGCUGUCAUCUUGACUGUCACAGGGCAAAAUGUUCGAAUGCGAGACCUGUACAGACUCCUUCUGGAGCAAUGACGACUGUGUGGCCCAUAUGGAUGACUUUGACCACUGGCCUGAAUGUGAGACUUGCAACAAACAAUUCCGCACUCAGCAUGCUGCGGAUCAGCACAUGGAUGACACAGAUCACUGGGCGCCAUGUUUUGAAUGCGAGACCUGCAACAAGGAGUUUUGCACUCAGCAAGCAGCAAAUCAGCAUAUGAACGACGUUGGACAUUGGGCACCUACCGUCCCAUGCGAGACAUGCGAGAAGAAAUUCCACACUCAGCAAGCAGCAAAUCAGCAUAUGAAUGACGUUGGACAUUGGGCACCUACCAUCCCAUGCAAGACAUGUACAAGAAAAUUCCACACUCAGCAAGCAGCAAACCAGCACAUGUAUGACACAGAUCACUGGCUCCACUUGAAGUGCAUGACUUGCACUAAAGAGUUCCAUACUCAACAAGCAGUGAAUCAGCACAUGAACGACAUAGCAUGCUGCAAGAAUGGUCUUUGAGACCCUGGCCUUACACAUGAUGGAGCAAAUAGAGAUUAAGAUGCAUCUAAAUGGUGGAUAUGAUAAGAUAUUUGCCAGAUGGGGUCUUCUGCUAGUAUAGUCUUACGGAGAUUGUCAGCCAGUCGCAGCCAGGCUCUC